GUCGUAAGCAGGCUGUUAUCUCACACCAUCUGAAAUGAAAGAGCAUGCUUGCGCCCGUAGAUCUUGACGACACCGGACCAGGCUGUGGGGAUGGCUCCUUUCGUCCGCAAGAGCUGUUUUGUUGAGGGCCUCGGGGAGCCCGUCGAUGCCGGCCAAGAUAGUAGUUGCCUGCUAUAAGUAGCCCUUCCCUGGCCGCCAUCAAAGUUGGAUUGCCUCCUCAUCACACAGCAACCAGAAACCUGACCUCACUAUCAAGAACCAUCGUAGCCACGACACCCGACACUACGAUGUUGCCAAGCGUCGCCUUGGCUCUCUGCAGCUUGCUGGGAUUCAAUCGGAUCGCCAGCGCCAGCCUUCCUGACAAGUACACUGUUGUCGACGUCCAGUGGGACCUCCUUACCGACCUCAACAACCCCAACAGCGCCGCCGUCUCGGUCUUUGGCACGAUUCAAGAAGCUGUGGCCCAGAUGGAGGCCCAGUUCCCCGGGUGGAAUGCCACUUUCCAGGCCCAGCAGCCGUCCUAUAGCACCGUGUCCGAUGGAACCGUCUCCGCAGCCGCUCUUUACGAUCGGGACUACUAUCUCUGCGGUGGCCGUGGAAAGGUGACUACCGCUGCCCCCAAGAACGGCCCAGGACCCAACAACUGCGGUCGUGUGUCAUGUGGAUAUAAUGCAGCAAUUUACUGGUGCAACGAUGUAAGUUCUCAAGCUGCUCAACUUGUACGUUACCACUUGAUUUGA